AUGACGUCAAAUAGUGUCCCUUUGGCGGACGAUAUGGUCGACGAGCUGGCUAUUGGCCUAGAUCGCAAUAUUCACGGUCUGGGACUUUCAAACACGCCAUGGGAACAUGCCACCCCCGAAAACCCUGUCCUCGAAAGCGCUCAUAUUCCACAACCGCACAAGCAACUGCCGAGGAUUCCUCAUGUUGCAUCAUCAACUAGUCACCAGCCGACCGCUCGAUUUAAUGCGCAGCAACCUCCAAUAUUGCCUAAGGCCAACAGGAAGCGCCCAAAUCAAGCACAGCGGCGGCAGAUGAGUUCUCAGUUCUCAAUCCCCAUAGAUCCCAGGCUUCAACCAGUACCUCAACGCCGUGACAUAUCUAGCAACAUCGAGGACUCGGUCUUCUCUGCGCCAAAUCGCCAGGAAUCAAGCCAGCCGAGAAGCUAUAACCAUCCUCCUUGGGCGGGGCAGUCAAGCUUCACGCAUGAGCAACACCCACCUUGGAACAACUCCAUGCCACGUUUCCAUCAUUCUGGAAGACAGGGACCUCAAAUGCAACCGGACCCACGUUUGAUGACACAUGAUCGUCCCUACAGCACUGGCCUGGCACAAGGUCCUCGACGUCAGCACACUCGGCCCGAGGUCAUCGCUGUUCAGGCAGGUUUCCUAGACAGACUGGGCUACCGAGUCGUCUCCACUUCUGAAAUCGAAAGGUCGGAAAUCGCUGAGAAAGAGGCUUUUCGUUUGCGGAUCGAGACCAUCUGCCGUACUGUGAUAUCUCGUCAUGAGAGUUCGGAAUAUGCUGGCGCCGACUUUUUGCCUUUGUCUGUAAAACUUACAUGCUUUGGCAGUCUAUCGUCCGGGUUCGCUACCAAAGCAUCCGAUAUGGAUCUUGGGCUCUUUUCACCGUUGUCCAACCCCCCACCGGAUGCAACUGAUUCCCCUAUUCCCCGGCUCCUCGAAAAGGCCUUUCUUGAAGCGGGUUUAGGUGCAAGACUCUUGAGCCGAACCAGGGUUCCUAUUAUUAAGCUCUGUGAAAGCCCGCCUGAGCCGCUACUCCAUGCUCUGAUCAAAGAGCGCCAGAAAUGGGAGAGUCUUGCCAAAAGCGAAGUUCGCGAGCAUCACGGCGAGGAUAAUCACGCGCAGGGCACCACCACCUUCCGAGGUGUUGACGAAUGCCACGUUGAUUCUGUAGCGACUGAAGGUGUACUCCCAUGUCAUACAGAGUUCGAGGUCCCUUGCGGGACUGGCGGAGUACCAACCCGAUUCCAGCUAAGGCAAGGCCCAAACCAUUCUCUCCCAGCGUAUUAUGGGUUGGCAAAACGAAUUUUACGGCGGGCAGGUGGACGAGACGUUACACUGUCCAACUUUCGAGAGUUUACUGACCUCGACUGGUCAAUUUUGAACCGCGUCUGUGAAGCUUUUAUUCGGGGCCUUCACGACCCCGAGCUCCGAAAACGGCUGGAAGUAUAUCCCUCAUUGUCCUUCGCGCCACUUUCGGACUUUCCGAACAACCAUUCGCUUCUUGCCGUCUUCACUCAGGCCGAAGGGGAGCAUGCUUUUCUCAUUUUGCAAGCGUGGCCCGCAAAGGCAUUUUUUGACAUUCGUCCGCAAGCAGAGCACGCUCUCCGCGUUUGGAGAGAUGUCCAGUGCCGUAGAGAGAUUGGAAUUGACCCCAUUUUAUACACCAAGGAGUUGCAAUCUAGUCUCGAAAAGGUCAAGAACAUACCGUUGAUUCAGCUUGCCUUGCUUGAACAAGGCGAGCACGAGCUGCCGUCACAGUUCUAUCAGAGAACGAAGAGUAUCAUGAGGAGCUUGCAGAAUGGCCAGAAUGAACUUUCCGCUGAAGCCCGAGAUGAAGUCGCGAGGCGGUAUAUAUUUGGUAUUUAUCGACGCGACAUUCGUCAGGAAAUGGAGAUGGAUAUAUCUCAGACUGACAGCCACCUCGACUUGGAAGCGGUCAGCCAGCGACACCAGAUUGUUCAAUUAUGUAAGUGCCUCGAAAGGUCUGUUGAAAAGGAAGUGUACGAUUCAGCACAGUCGGCGGAUGUCCACGAAUAUCUACGGCUGCUCCGAUCACCACUUCGCAGGGUCCAGAUAGGGCCUCAUGAUCACACAUACAUCAUUCCUUUGACCCCAGAGUUGUUGGCUUUACUUGACAGGAUCAGGAAACUUCCGGACCCCCAAAAGGUCGCACCUAGCCAGUCAGGGGGGUAUCGAGACCCGCUGGAGUUUCCUAAGGUUGGAGCUGGAGUGCAAUGUGACAUAAACUUUUCCGCCCACCUUGCAUUACACAACACGGCGCUUCUGCGCUGCUAUGCCAAUACGGACCCCAGAGUAAGGCCAAUGGUGCUCUUCGUGAAGCACUGGGCUAAAGUACGGGGGAUUAACUCGGGAUAUCGCGGAACCUUAAGCAGCUACGGAUACGUCUUGAUGGUGCUGCACUAUCUUGUCAACAUCGCCCAACCGUUCGUGUGCCCCAAUUUGCAACAGCUUGCAGCACAAAGGCCCCCGGGUGCACCGGCCACGGACGAUGAGAGCACAAUUCAAUGCCAAGGCUACAAUGUUCAGUUCUGGCGAGACGAGAAUGAGAUCCUGAAUCUUGCCAAUAGUGACCAACUCAACCGCAACCCCCACAGCCUUGGACAUCUGUUGCGGGAAUUUUUUGAAUACUUUGCUCAGAACGGCAUGCUGAGUUCUGGUAAUGGCGGAGGGUUUGACUGGGGUAGAGACGUCCUGAGUUUACGUUCGCGAGGCGGGUUGCUCUCAAAGCAAGAGAAAGGUUGGACAGGCGCCAAGACUGUUUUUCAAGUGCAACAACACGCAGCCGAUUUGCCACCCAAUCUUAAGGAUGGGCAUGUAAAACCAGGACAAUCUAGACCUAUGGAGGCAGACGAAACAGCGACAAAAUGGCAGGGGUAUGCGAAGCCAUCAACUGCUGAUGCCGGAGAGGUCAAAGAGAUCCGGCAUCGAUAUUUGUUUGCCAUUGAGGAUCCAUUUGAGCUGGAUCACAAUGUCGCUCGGACUGUCACACACAACGGCAUCGUGUCCAUACGUGACGAAUUUCGUCGUGCUUGGAAAAUUAUUCGUACAGCAGAACGGGCGAACGCAUCUGAGGAUCUUCUGCAGGAUGUUUCAGAAGCGCAACUGUGUUCAAGUUCGUUCUUGAAUUUGCUAGAUGCCAUCCAUGGGCCGCCGAGAGUCUGGGACAGUGCACAUUGGGUUGGUUGA